UGCGUCUCAGUGCCUGCUCCUCCCGUGCGUAAUAGCGCACCGAUGGACGUGUAAAGUGGUGCACUCUUGAUGAAAACGCCUGCAAACAAUGCCUCUCUGGAAAGACGCGUAGGUUGCGCAGCCGAAAGCGCGACUUGGAGAGCCGUUACUUGGAGAUCUAUUUAAGUCUGAGUGAUUUUUCUUUCUUUUUUCAUUUAAUUUUUUUGUUUGUUUUUGUACGGGGAUGGUGAUAUGUUAGUUAAGAUCUUCAUCGGCGCGCAUGACGGCGCUAUUUGGAUGUAUGUUUCUGGACUUUUCAGCGUAUCAUGACCGUGCGCCUUUUUCCAUCUCCCCAAGUCUUUUCGUCUCUGCGUGAAGUUGAAAGGAGGAGAAGGCGCGAUGAGGGGGAAAGUCUUUCUCCUCGGCUUCUUGUUGCUCAAACUUAUGGCUCUGGUGUGCAAGGCCGACGGGGAGCCGGGGCUGCUCGGGGGCUUCGUCAUGAUCGCCACCUCUAACGGUACCCGCGAGGAGGACAGCGUGUCCGAGGAGACGCCGCACACCGAGGACAGGUGCCGGGGCUACUACGACGUGAUGGGACAGUGGGACCCGCCGUUCAUCUGCAAGACGGGCAACUAUCUGUACUGCUGCGGCACCUGUGGCUUCCGCUUCUGCUGCUCCUACAAGCACUCGCGCCUGGACCAGAGCACCUGUAAGAACUACGACACGCCGGUGUGGAUGAAGACCGGCCAGACCCCUUACAAAAAAGCGAACAAUUUGCACGACAGCACCAAAGACAAGACGAACUUAAUCGUCUACAUCAUAUGUGGAGUAGUGGCCAUUAUGGCUCUGGUGGGGAUUUUCACCAAAUUGGGGCUGGAAAAGGCGCACCGGCCCCAGAGAGAAAACAUGUCCAGGGCUGUUGCCAGUGUGCUGCAGGGCGGGUGUCCAGGUGAGCCGUAUCGAGGAGAGGAGGCCCUCGGGAUGCAUUCGCAGCACUACGUCUCCCGGACCACAAACCUCCAGGGGGGGCAGAUCAACAACAACGUGGGCCAGGGCUCUAACAUGGGUCAGCAGCACCCCUACCCCGCCCUGAGCCAGUUCGCUCACGCCUACGAACAGCAGCAGCAGCAGCAGCAGCAACAGCAGCAGCAGCAGCAACAACAACAGCAGCAGCAGCAGCAGCAGCAGCAGCAGCAGCAGAAUAAAGAUUUCAACAAAUACGCCUCCCUGAAGGCUGUGGCUGCCAAGUACAACGGAGAACUCUACACCAAGCGUCGACUGAUGGUGGAGCUGCCAUCGAAGGGCAGCCUUCCUCUCCAGCCAAUGGGCAACUCCAGACCCUCUAUGGGCAACAUGUCGUCGAUGACUCCUCCGAUGACCAACAAUCCUAUGGCUUCGAAUCCAAUGGCCUCCAAUUCCAUGAACCCCAACAUCACUCAGAUGACUUCAAUGAACCCAAUGACGUCAAUGAACCCAAUGACGUCAAUGACACCCAUGACGUCAAUGACACACAUGACGUCAAUGACACCUAUGACGUCAAUGACACACAUGACCUCAAUGACACACAUGACAUCCCUCACUCCGAUGUCCUCCAUGACCCCUAUGACUUCUCUGGGUCCACUGACUCCAGAGCCUGUGGCCACCUAUGUCACAGAGAUGCCCAGUAUCUCCUCUGGGUCGACCCUCCCGUCAGAGCGGCACAUAGCAGGGGGAGGAGGCGGGGCACUUAAGCAAAAUGGUCACAAACUCAAAGGCAGCCAUGGCCACGCUGCCCACAGCUCUCACAGCUCUCACAGCUCCCACCCUCAUGCUCACAGCCAUAGUAGCAAGCCGCCAGGACACGGGGCUACCUCUCUGGCACACAUGGUGGGGACCAUGCCAGGUGGCCUGUCCCUAGGCAUGUCCAGGCCCGCUGAGACCAACAUUGGCUCCAGCUCGGCUACAAUGGGCCGCCCAUUGGCAUACAGUUCCAACACAAUUGCGACUGGGCAUGGGAUGGGGCUGAAGGGCUGGGACGGGACUGAGACAGUGGGGCGGAGGAAGACCUACGGGCACAAGAGGCCUCAGUGUACCGUUCUGGAGCCGAACCAGCUCCAUGGCAGCAGAGGCCAAAGCCACAGCCAACACUUCCUCCCCACCCAGCCCUACUUUGUGACCAACAGCAAGACAGAGGUGACUGUGUGAGUGAGGAGGGAAAGGGAGAACAAGAAGGGUAAAUGGAUGCCUACUGAGUGGUGGCACAGUUAAUCUCUAUGUGGAGACAUCAAUUCCGGGGGUGGUCAAAAGGUGCAAAUCUGUGUGUGUAUGUUUGUGUCAAGAAGUUGAGGCUUCUUGGUUGGCUGGUUGAAUGCGGUGGGAAAGUGACACUGUGUCCGAGUGUUCCUCAUUUCACAUGGAGAGUUCACGAAGCAAAUCACUGAACAGACCUUUGUUGUCAAAAGGAUGGCAUAAAAGCAGGGGAUUUCUGUAACCAUAACAAAUAGCCUACAGAGCUGGGAUGUAUGUACACACGAGUGUUGUCUCACGGAUAAUAUCUACCCUGUAAUGAUAACAAUAUCUGAGCAUUUCAGUGCGACCACACACAGACAAUGAAGUGGGAACCUGCUAGUAAGAUGGAUUGGCUUCACUGUAGGAAUCCAACCUGAGAAGCAAUAUAAAGGAUUAACACUGAAACAUCUUGGUAAGAAGAAUUGCAAGUUUACCCACAAACCUGGCCACAAGUGUUCUGCUCAUCUGCCCAACAAAGUGUGGAAUGGUUUGGAAGAAAUAACAUUCCGUCACGAUUCAGCCCCAAAUCUACUGAGGGCUUAGAAACAGACGACGAGGACACUGGGCUUUGCAGACAUGCAGGGCUUUCCAGUCUGGCUCUUCAGAAACACCCUCAUAAGCUCUGCAGCUGAAGGUCGCCCUUUUCCACGAGGCUCUGGCACAGAGAAUGGACGCUGUCGCACUGGCAUUGUGCUGCUCUGAUCUCGUCUGUGGUGGUGACAGCUGGCCGCGAGGAGGGAAAAGGUGGCAGGGAGGCAGGAACUGGACGAGGCUGCUGCGAGCAGAGGCUUCUCAUGCACACACACAAAGAAAUGCACAUAUUCAGAAACAUGCACAGAAAAACUUGUACACACACAGAUAUAUUUACUGUAGCAACAAAACACACCAGGGUUUGACAGAUAAGGGUUUGUUGAAGAAUGAUACCAGUCAUUUUGGAUUUCAGUUUCCAAUGGUUGCUUAUUUAUUUAAUUUGGGUAUAUUUAUUAUCUAUAUUUUUGUGGGUUGUAUCCUAAAAUUCAUGUUUACUCACAAUCGUAUUCUUGUCAGUGAAUUGAGACCAUUGCAGUGUUCAAGAAAUCUCUAAUAAGACUACUCAGUCAAAGUGACAAGCAAUUAAUAUAAAUUAUACCUUUAAAAACUACUGAACAAUUGACAUAGUUAAAGAAAUGGUUUGACGGUUUGGGAAAUAUGCCCACCGGCUUUCUAGCAAAGAAUUACAUGAGAGGAAUGCUACCUUUCUAAUAUCUAUACAAUAAGAAGCAACAGCUAGCGGCCAGUUAGCUUAGCUUAGCACAAAGACUGAACAGUGGAAUCUGGCUAGUCCAUAUUCAGUGGUAUCAAAUUUCAUAUACCAGCACUUCUAAAGCAAAUUUAGACUUAAAUUUGUUUGAAAAAGUACAUGUUAUGGAGGGUAGUAGACUUUGUGAAUUCCUGUAGUCUAAUCACAGUGAAGUUUAUAAAGCAAAAUUACCUAUUUGAUUAAAUAGACAUUUGUUUUAUGUAUAUAUCAGUAACAUAAGUGUAAAAAAAUGGGUCAAAAUAAAAUAUUUAUUUAUGUGGACCAAAUGUCAGGUUUGGCUUCUGAACAUUUUAGAUUUUUACAUUUUUUAUUCUGCAUAGAAAGUUCUACAAAAGCAUGGAACUGUUGUGAAGAAUGGGUAUAAUGGGAAUAAUAAUAAUAAAAAAAACAGAUCCUUUGCUGGUGAUAAAAGACACCGCCACAAAAAACUAGGCUUAAUUAGAUCACUUGCUUUGCUCGAGCUCUUGCUAAGAAAGAAAGAAAAACAUCACAACCAGCAGAAAAAAAGAAUAUCUGGGUUACAUGACUCACACAUGAAAAUAAAUCCUUAAGUCUAACAAAUAGGCCAAAUCUCCUCACAGCUUCUCCGAGCCCAUUUGCUGGUUUCAAAUGAUGUGGUACUUAUUAGCAGCUGCAGCCACUGUUAUCAUUGUAACCUUGUUAUCUAAAGUGCUGCAUCAACCUCUAAGACCCUCUUUGCACUCGCGAUUAAGAUGCAUUUUCAAGUGAUCAGACUGAAGUCAGACAGUGCUUUGCCACGUUAGAGUUAAAACAUGAAUGUGUGUGUGGAAGGAUUAUGAUUUGAUUGCUAAAACCAUCUCUGGGAGUGAUCAGAGCAGUGUUCAGCCGAAGAACUAACAAGGCGACGGGCUGCUCUGACAACAUCACACUCUAAAAUACAUUUGUUGAUAGACAGCAACCUUGGUGUUAACUUUCCAUUUUUAAUGUCUGUAAAUAAAAGAGGAAGAGGUGCACGUGCCUGCCUGGUGUGAAACUAAGACAUUGGAUUUCAAUGUGACACAUGAAACAACUCAGCCAGCUGAGCGCGGGGUCUACCGGAGGGGAAUGUGUUUACCUCCUGCUGAGGAACCACUGCUGCCUCGGGGGUCACCUGACUGGAAACCUGAGACCAAAAUUGGAUCCGCGGAACAGGAUUGAAGAAGUCAUCAGUGCAUUGAAAUGUGUCACUUAUGCAUCCACAUCACACACACACACACACACACACACAAACACACACACACACACACACACACACACACACACACACAGGUACACACACAGAGAUUUACAGGGUGGACUCUGCUCUCCUUUUGCUCCCACAGUGCCGAGCGGCAGGCGUUGUCACAGCGGAGAGACAAAGAGCCACCGCUACUGCGUCUAUUGUACAUGAAAGACUGUGAAACUCCAGACCUUGGCCCUUUGUAGCGAUAACUGACAUUAUGCUUUUUAUAUAUAUAAAUAUACAUAGCCUUUCUCGCUUUAUCUCUUUCUUUUCAUGCUUUCUUUCUUCCUCCCUUCUUCUCUUCUUUGCUCCCACCCAUAACUGUCUUCAAUCGAAGGCAUUCAGAGCAGAAAUAUCGGAGGGGAACUAAAUCUGGGCUGUUAUGAAGCUUUUCUGUGAUAGUAGAGUACAGUCAUGAUGAGCCAGUGAGUAAUAAUAAUAAUUCAGCCCCACCUUGAAAGGCAUGAUUGGUUUUUCCCAUUGUUCUAGCAGGAAAUAUAAGUGAUUGAUUCUGUGUGCCAAAAAAUGUAAUCCAGUUUGCAGUUUUGUACCACUGUGUGUGCUCUUGAACACUGCGCACAUUUCACCCGUUAUAAAUUGUGUAUGUCUGUAUGUGUGUGUGUGUGUGUGUGUGUGUGCAGAUCCUACUUAAGUAAAGAAUUAUUGUCUCUGAAAAAGUCAAAAAUCAAACAAACCAGAAAAACUUUAUCCAUAGAGAUUAAAAUCCUAUAAACCUGCCAUUCUUGACAAUGAUAAUUCUUGUGUUUUUUUUUUCCUCUGUAUUUUUCUUCCUUAUUUUCUUGACAGCUGGUGGUUUUGUUUGCGACAGAGGCUGAGAAGCAGGUCAAUGUUUGCCCGGGAUGUCAAUUAUCAAACCCAAUUGACUUAAUCCAGCAAGGCGGAAAUGUGGAAAUAUGAACCUUCCUAGCUGCCCCAUACUGCCCCAUCCUUAAAGCCCAUUCAGCUGAGCAAAGGCAGGCGCUGGAACAAUAGGUGAGCAGGCAGGCCAGGGGAAACAGUUGGUCAACAAAACAAAAAAAUGGAAAAACUAAUCCCUCUAGGUAACAGCCCCAAAAAAACGGAGAGCGGGGAAUUGGUCGCGCUGGCUGGGUCACGGUUGAUGGGGUCAGAGGCACAGACGCGUGGGUUCAGGAGGCAGUCAUGUCUGACAUUUUUCAUCAGACGAGUCGGCCAGGCUAAAAAAAAAUGCGGCAGGGGGAAACAAAAGGACACAGGUUGUCUGCAGGACUCGACACCACGAGUGACAGAGCAUGAAGAAGAAGAUCAAAGACUGUUUCAUGUUCUUCGUUUACAAAUAAGAUACAGAUUUUCUGAAUAUAUGAAAUAAUAAUUUCACAUAAUUGAUGACGUAAUGUAGUAUCUGAAGCUAUUGUCAGCACCGGCCCCUCAGACUAAGAAAAAGAGAGCGUAAUUCUCUGGGUGCAUGUUUGUAGUUUGAAAUACAGUUUUAUAGCUCAGAGAUGGUUGCUUUCCAUUGACUUGUUUACCUUACUUUAGAAAAAACAACCAGCUUCACCUCCUGAGGGGAUCUUCGCCUUCUUUGUGGUGGAGUUUGACCUUUACAGUUUUUUUAUGGUUGAUGCACAAACAAAUAGACGUUACUUUACUUUAACUGGGAUAAUAGCAUGAGGUAUCAUGGACAGGGGUAUACAAAAAAAACAUUAUUCAAUGGUAUCGGCUCCAAAAAGAAAGAAAUCAAACUACAAAAGGGAUUUGGUAGUGGCUUGGUCACUCAAGCAUUUCAGAAUGUCUCACUUUAUGAAAUAUGUUAUAUAUUAAAUAAAUUGGCAAAGACACAUGGAUGAUCUCAAUCGGGCCACUUUCUGGUGUGGCCAGGCCUUUAGUCAGUCCGUCUACUAGACAAUCAGAAAGAGACUAGUGACCACCUUCAGCUCUAUAACACCAACCACGGAGCUGCAAAGUGUGGUCACAAUCUAGAGCUGACCACUCAGUGGGAACUCAUUGCUCCAAACCAUCCAUGUCCUGAUUACUCUGGCAGCACUGCCACAGCUUAAACCUUUUCUCUUUACCACUUUUUUCUCCUCUGUGGCUGAAUGGAAGUCAAAUGGAGAGUGGCUGUGAAAGUGGCCGGAUAACAGACCCAAGUUAGAGGGUUCAGUGGUUCAUUGGAGUAGAUUGAUCACCGGCUAAGUACCGGCGCAGGAACCGCUUCUCUACCUUCUCCUAGUGUAUAAAAAUACAGCCAAUAUAUCACAGGUAUAGUCGCUGCCGUCUUGGGCUUGUGACUAUACAAGCCUAUAUGUGACUAACCCUAACCCUAACCGAAUCUUACCCUUAGCCCAUUCUCUUGUCAAUCUCUGCUCUCAAACGUGACACUCACUUAACAAACAUCAUGUUAAAAAUACCUAAAAUGUCAGAAACUAUCUUUGGGGGGAAAUUAUCCUUUGAUGUGUAAAUUUGUUUAAGUCCAUGCCCUAUCUGCAAACAUGGAGGAGGCAAGCGAGAUGAUUUGAUUUUUGGGAGCUCUCAUCUAAUUCAUCUCUACAUACAGAGAUAAAUCACCAAUAGAGGACAGUGAGACCAGUCUCUCUAGUAACUUGAUUUAAUCUGAAUAAAUUCCUGUUACUAGUAUGAAUACUACCCAAGUGCAUUGCCCUCUAUUGUCCAUUUGGUUUACUUUAACCAGCUAGCCAUCAGACACAGUCAUGUCUUUUCUCACCCACUGGAGAGGAUCUACGACUACAGUCUGGUUAUUGAUCCCUGUAGCUCAAACCCUUGUUUGUACAGUGGUAGGUCCCCAAUUAUUCAGUGCGAAUCGCUGCUCAAACAUGACCUCAGCAACUUCCCACCUGCAAAUCCCUGCUUCUCUGGCUCUGUCAACAACAGCUCUUCACAGCCGUGCAUCACCUGAGCCACCAAGCUACAGGACUGACUCCCCAAAACAGUGCAGCCACCUCUCGCCUCAUUUCUGAUGUGCUCUUACUCUCGUGAUCAGAGUCCAACUCUUGGAAGGAAAACAUCAGAAUGAUUGUUGAGCUUAUGUGGGGUUUUUCAGCUGGGACCAGAGUCUCUGAAUUUGUCAAAUUUAUAAGGGCACUGAGAAAAGCAAACCACCCAUUUUCUCACAAAAUACACAGCGACAAGCGCUAACAGAGCUUAUGCUCCCUGAUAACUUACGAUCUGGUCUUUAAUCACUGAAACCCCAGAGCAAUGCUGGGUGAAACCUUUGGUGCUGCGACCGGGACUCUGUCCAUGGUGGACAGAAAUCGAAAAGUGACUCUGGGAAGCUUUGAAUUAUUAAAUUUAGCUCCUGUUAGAAAGCUGUGAAUCAUGGACUACAUCACAAUCAUACACACACACACCCACACGCUGAAAAACACCACUGUCCAGUCCCUCCAUCAGGCAACAGCAUUGUUAACCAAACAUGCCGACUCUCAGACCAUCGAUCAUUGAUACAGCAGCUCAGCAUAUUUUCAAUUCAAUCACUGAUAUGAACUGGAACAUGUCUAGAAAAUGCAUAUCUUGUUGAGUAUUUUCUUUUGUGCGCUCAUUUAAAAGCUGAAGAUGUGAAGCAUGGACUGUUCUUGUCGUCAGUCUGAAUCAGGAGGGCUGGCGUUGUCUGUAAAUAUACAUUUUUUUUGCGGGGGAAGUAGUGAAGGGUCUUCUCUUUUUUUCUUGUUUUACCCAAACAGACAAAAUGCAGUAAAGUCUUUUCAUUAAAGAAAAGAAAGAGCAGCGUUAUCUUGAUGACAGAGGGAAAUAUGUACAGUACACGGGAGAUGACACUAAAGGGCUCAAACACAAGAUUUUCCUCCACUCUUUUCUUGUCUAUCCUCCACUGUUGCCGUUUGUCGUGCUUGAUGGCGCUGUAACGACUACAGCCUAUGAAGAGCGGCAUCUGUAUGAUCACGAGAAAUCAAUAUAUCGCUAUAUUAUCAAAAGGGUUCUUGUCAGCUACGUUUACGACUUUGUAUGGCAUCUUUAUGCGCAAUGUUUUUCACCAAUACGGAGCUGUCUACUUAUGCACACAGAGACAGGGGAGAUGCAGUGUUUGUUGUCCAGUGACGCUCUUACAUCUGUUUAAAAAGGGUUUUGCUCCUAUGAUGUGCUUUAUAUGUAUGAUUUUGACCACAUACCUAUAUUAAAUAUACCUGCUGUUAGCAUCACGGGAUGGAUAUCAAUCACAGUGGAUGUGACCCCUGCUAUUAGCCGGAGUCAGAAGAAUCAAUAAGCUAUAUGUGAUAUGACUAUUAUUCCUUAGCGAGCAUAUCCUUUUAUAGAAUAACUCAUUGAUUAACUCAUUUUGGUGUUAAUCAUGCAUUACAUGCAAAGAUAUAUGAAACCCAAUUUUCUAUUUUUGAUGUCCAGACCAGUUUGUGGUAUUUAUGCAUAUGUGUAUAUGGAUAUGGCUCCAACACUGCAUUUAUGCGUGACUAGUAAAGCAUAUUUUCUAAGAUAUAGAGUCCAUCUCCCACUAUUGUUUGCACAGUAGCUUAUAAUAUGCACCGUGAUGCCCCAUCGUCCUUUAACUGUUUACUGACUUUAUAAUUUGUGAGAAUUUCUUUAUGAAAAAGCUGUAUUUUGGUACUAUUCAAAUAUUGUUAGAAAAAGAGAUAUAGCAGAUGUUCUGUUCGAGACAUAUAUUACCAUAGUGUUGCUAUGAAUUAGUCUGUUUUUCUUAUUUUUGGGGAGGGGUGACAGGGAUAUUUUUGUUCUUCUUUUGUUGUUGAUUUGCAAUCUGACCGUAUUAUCACCAUUGUUCUAUAUACAACUUUCUUACGUGGCAAUAA